AUGUCGUCGUCUUCGUUCCGGAAAUUUAGCAGCUCUUCUGCAAACGGCUUCGAGUACACAUCCUCGUCUUCCGUCUCGAACGGAGUCAAUGGUGGCAGUCACUCUGCGAUCGCCCCUCCGGAUGUGCCUGAAGUUUCUGUUGGUUCCGUGAAGCCAUUAUCGGCCCUCUUUGGGCAGCGACCACGCUCCGGCACCGAUGGGCCUACCUCAUUCGGCGGCCUCGAGCAAGUGAAGGAGCAGCUGGCGACUUCUCGCAGCCAUGCCUACCGUGUUCUCGGCUCUAAUUUCAGCGGGUACGCGUUCGAUACCUCUAUCGCUGGGCUCCUGGACUGGAUUCGGGACGAAAGAUUGAUCAGGCUCCCGCACAAGGGCGGCUCUUGGGAUCGAGUUCUUAUCGCCGCCCAGCACUUCGCAGAACAGGUUCACAGGUUCAACACCGCAAUCUCAACAUUUGAAUCUGAGAUCAACGCGGCUACGAACCUUGUCUUCGGACAAUGUCUCUUACUGUUGGAGCUUGGCAGCGAAAACGCGCCUGCCCUGGAAACCGUCUUCAACCUCUUCUACCAGUUCGGCCUCGAGUUGUCGCCGCUUCUAAAACGAGUCGAUAUCAUCACAGCUUCCAGACCAAUCGCAGACAACCUCUCCAAGGCGUUCUCCGAGCUCUUGUCCAUUGUGACUGGCGUGGCGAUUACUUUCUGGCAGAUUGUCCAUGGAACGAAAAGUUCGACCAGCCUCGACAUCUUUUCCACUUUCGGCUCCUCCAUCGACGUGUUUCGUGCCAGAGUCUCCCAGACGUCUCAGGACAUGUGGAGCUUCAGCUUAACUUCCAGUGGCUUGAAAGAGACACAUGUCCUUGAAGCCCUCCAGGGAUGGCUUGCCCCACAGGACACAGUUCUUGCCUUUCUCGCCAGCAACAACAUCAACAUUGCCAGCCGACCAGAGCAAUUCACUUGCACAUGGUUCCAGACUUACCUCACGAAUUUCAUCCGCAAUGGUGAAAGCUCUCUUGUCGUCGAGGGCAAGUCGGGCGCAGGCAAGACGACCUUGGCAAACUGGACCGUGGAUCGACUUCAGCGACCCAUCGGCCGCAAACUCGUUUUCCCUCUGAGCUUCUUCUUCAACAGCAAUGUUCCCGCUCAGGCAACCUCCUUUGCAUUGCUGAAGACGAUCUUGUGGCAAGCCCUGUCUCAGCGAAUUGGAGAUAUUCAUCUUUACAAAGCCUUAACCGAUGCGUACCAGGAAUUCAAAGAGUCCAACCCUCAGCACCUCAAUGAGGAGAUCCUCUGGUCUGCCCUUGAGAGAAUCUUGUUAGCUAUUAGCGAGGACGAGAACAAUACCUUGGUCCUUGUUGUCGACGGCCUGGAUCAAAUCAUUGGCCAGAAACAACAUGCUCAGAGUGUCGCCAACAGACUCCACGACCUGGCUGUCAAGGUCCCUGCAUUGAGAUUGAUCCGCUUCUCCCAGCCGCUUGACACACCUCAUAAGAAGUCGGAACAUAUCAACCUCUCGGCAGAUGUUGUACUUGACGACAUCCGGACAAUAAUUCGUCAAGAGCUGGUCGCACACAGCGGCUUUGCCGACAAGGACGAGUUUUCCCAGGAGGCUACCGUGGACAAAUUGGCGGCAGCUGCUGACGGCUCUAUCCUUUGGGCUUGGCUCGCCACUCAAUACAUUAUGUAUCAGAAGAUUCAUGCUACCCUGGAUGAAGGUGUGCAAACUCUUAUUGCCAGCCACAAAACAAUCCCGGACGUGGUCGAGCGGUUGGUGCCGGUUAUGAAUAUCACCGCACAGGGCAAGAGCUUGCUCUCCCUUCUUCUGGCUGCGGAGAGACCAUUGCUGCUCUCCGAGGUUGAGCUUUUGCUCCAAGCCCAGCCCAGCCGUCUCGAAAUGGACGGCAAGAGCGUGAACAUAACCGACCUCCUCAAGUCAAUUUCGCCCUUCAGCGUGAAGGGCGAAGGCCUGUUAGCCAUCAGACAUCCCGCAAUCAAGGCAGCUUUGAUCUCAGCCUCCGAGAAGUCCAAAGACUUGUCGUUGUUCAGGGAGCGGCACAAGGAUUUGCUGGCCCGCAUUUUGAUCCAUGCAAAGUCUUCUCUCCGUGAAGAUCAGGAGCCAACGCUGAAUUAUUUGGACCUGAACAGAGUCCAUCGCCCUUCGCACGGACGGCAGCUCUUGGAGUAUACAGUUCGAUACUGGAUUGUGCACUUCAAGCAGUCUUCACUUUUGAAGAGUAGUGGUGAUGUGGAGGUUCCGAAAGAGUUUGGCAGCAUUCUGCCGAAUACCGUCACUCUUGCUCUGCUCGAAGAAGCGGCCUGGGGGGCAGAAACGUCUCCCAGCGAAGCUGUGGAGUUUCAUGCCCUUGCAUACCGCGUCCGAAGGACUCUGUUUGGCGAGGACCACCCAUCAGUCCUGCAAACAACAAUUGUGGUGGCGAAAUUGUACGAGACUACGUUGUUCCGAUUCCAUGAUGCCGCAUCCUGGUAUAUCACAUCAAUUCGGACGGCGGCAAAGAGCCUGGGAUCCCAUCACGACCUCCUUGUACAGCUCUGCCUUUGCCUACUUCGUGUGACAGAGAGUUUGGUGACCAAGAAACGCUCCCAGGUCACAACCUACCGCGAGGAGACCUUGCGGCUGCUCGUCUCGGCGUAUACGUACCGCUACGGUGCCUCGUCAAGAGAGGUACACGCAGUCUACAAGCAAUUGCGCGAGCUCUAUGAAUUCAUUGGCGAGACAGAAAAGAUAGCGGAAUUCAAGGAGAAGACGAAAUCUGUUGAAGUCGAUGAUCAGGCUCUGCCUCAAGAGAACGGCGACAAAGUCUCUCGCAGCUUGGAUGUAACGCUUCUCAAGCACAAGGAGAGAGAACCUAUCGAUACCUUUCAAGGUUCCUUGUUUGCCGGUUAUCAGGAAGAAACCUCCGAAACCUUCAACCUGGCCCUUGUCGAGAGUCUCUUGGCUCGUGCAACGGAUCUGAUCCAGCGAGAGGAAUUUGAGAAGGCCGAAGAACUCUAUAUCGAGUUGUGGUGGAAGUUGACCGAGCAUUGCUCCAGUGUCAGAACUCUGGAAUGGCAUCAGAAGAAGCUCGAGCUCAUGUUGGCGUACUCCCGCUUCCUUCACUCCAGAAAGCGGAUUGAUGAGGCGUCUUCUGUCCUGCUGUUCGCCUGGAAGGAGUUUGAGCACAGCGAAUUCUCGAUGUAUGAGUCUGUCGUCCGACUGCUGAAGGAGAUCGCUCUCAUCAUGAAGACCGUCAAGCUCCACACGGUUGCUCUGUCCGUCUACCAAAAGUGUUUCUCCUAUUACAAGAACGUGAGCGAAACCAGCAUUGUUACAGAAAUCGAGGAGCAGAUCACUUCUACUUCCAUGGAGAUCAUCAAAUCCUCGACUACCACUGUCAGCGAGUCCACGGAAAUCACAAUACGGGAGGCCUUUGAACAUACCAUUACACGCUCCACGGAGAUUACUCAUUCCACUUUCGAGUUGGCGAAAUCCCUCACUGCCAUCUAUCUGGAGCAGUCACGGUACGCCCAGGCUAUCACAGUGCUGGAAAGCACAUUGAAGAAAGGCUGGCCCGCCUUGUUCGACGACUCCGUUGAGAGCAUUACGCUGCCCACCAAGUUCUCGACAGAAUGUGUUCUGCUUGCCUUGCGCUUGUCCGAAUGCUACGAGUUCAACCAGGUCCUGGAUCAAGCGGAGCAGAUCUACUUCAGGCUCUACCGAGCUCAUCACAAGGCACUCAGCUUUGACAAUCCUGCUGUGGCCAAAUACUCCGACCUGUACCUUGCAUUUUUGAAGCGCCAGGGACUUCACGACCGCGUCAUCGGCUUCUACCAAGAACUACUGAUUGACUAUCGCAACGUUUACGGCAGAAGCGACAAGAAAACCACGACGCUGCUCUACGCACUUGCCGAUACUUGCCGGACUCAUCAUCUGGUUCACAGGUAUUGGGUGGAAUACUACCUCGAGAUCGUCAAUGUUGUCAACAAAGGCGAGUUGGUCAGCCAGAAAGAUGCUCUCCGCGCUCUGGUCAUCGUUGCUGAGCAUUACUAUGAGAGUCGACGGCUUACAGAGGCCUUGGUCCAUUUCAAGUCGAUCGCGACGACAUUCAUCAAGUUCGGACCUCAGUACGAGUAUUUCGCCGACGCUGCUGUCGUUCAGGGCUUGUUGGAGAAAUAUUUCAUUGCAAUGGAAGAAACAAAACUCGACGUGGAUCAGCAUGUCAGAAUUUUGAAAGAGCUGCGCGAAGCGUGCUUCAAGUAUUUCGGAGAGAAGAGUGUCGUCUCAGUCACCACGACAAAGGCAUUGGCCGAGGCAUGCGCUAAGAGCCAGGAAUAUUGGUUCGAAUCUAUCCGAUAUUUCGAGUCUGUGUCUCAGCAAUCUGAGAUUGCGUCUGUCCAAAUCGUUGAACGAUCGAGAAGCAUGGUGAAGGAGCUCUAUAUCAAGCAGAUCACGUCAACGAAGACUUCGACCACCUUGACCAAGGAAACGGUCGAAAAGGCCGAAUCUCUGUUGUUUCAAGAGUAUCUCAGCUCCCGCAAGCAGCAUGAAUAUACGCAGACGAAGACCCUCAAGCAGCUUCAACAGCUGAUCGCCAUCUACCACAGGCAGCAGAAGACUGAUCUUAUCACCAAGGAGCUGAAGUCUCUCAUCCUUGAGGCUGUUAUCAACAUUCGGACAACAGAAGAAAUGGUUUACGUUGCUGAUUUCCUUGCCUCAAUCUUCAUCAGCUACGACCUUCAUCGAGUCGCCAGCCAUUAUAACAGUGAAAUCAUGUUCGAUUGUCUCGUGCUGGGACUCAUUCGGUUUCUUAUCCGGCGAACAUAA